CAAUCUCCGAAUACGAAACGUACAACUUCGGCUGCGUCUCGACACUUACAGCAUCUUGCCAUGUCCGAACUUUCCAGCUCCACCCAGGCAGGUUUGGCUGUGGCGCCAGGAAGGUAAGCCUCGCACUCGCUCGUCAUCCGGACCCCCCAAAGUCCUGCCCGCAUCACCAUUCUGACCCGGGUGAUGGAGACUCGGGGUACGGUGGCUCCAUUGCCGGGUCCUGGUCUGCUUCGUUGGCAAGCUCGGUCCUCAACUACCAGUAUGAGAAUGGCCGACGCUACCACGCCUAUCGCGAAGGUCAAUAUAUCUUGCCCAACGACGAAGACGAGCAGAAACGCCUAGACAUGCUGCAUCACAUCUACAAAUUAAUCUUGCGCGGCAAUUUAUUUCUCGCUCCGUUGAACCAGCCUCAGCGUGUACUCGACAUUGGUUGUGGCACUGGUCUGUGGUGCAUCGAGUUCGCGGACGAGUUCCACAGCGCCUCCAUCAUUGGUACCGAUCUCAGCCCGAUUCAGCCCGACUGGGUGCCUCCCAACUGCAAGUUCUAUGUCGACGAUUACGAGAGUGAAUGGGCGUAUCCUCCGUCAGAGCAUUUCGACUAUAUCCAUGGACGGGCACUUUGCGGCAGUGUUGCCGAUUGGCCUCGAUUGUUUACCCAGGCUCUGUCCCACUUAAAUCCCGGGGGGUGGAUGGAGUUGCAAGAGUACCACUGCCAGGUCUAUUCUGACGACGGUUCUCUCGACCAGGCUAUCUAUCUGAAGGAAUGGGUCGAGGAGAUGAACGAAGGCAGCAAGCGGUUCGGCAAGGAAUUGAAAACAGCGAACCGACUGAAGAACUACAUGCUGGACGCUGGCUAUGUCGACGUCCGCGAAGAGAUCUUCAAAUGCCCCAUCGGUCCCUGGGCCAAGGGAAAGAGAUACAAGGAACUAGGAACAUAUUACCGCGCGCAGUUUGUCGACGCCGUCGAGCCGUUUACCCUGGCCAUUUUUACCAGGGUUCUCGGGUACACGAUCGAACAGGCCCUGGUCACGAUCGAAAGAGUCAAGCAAGAUCUGAUCAACCCGAAUUUUCAUCUCUAUGUGGAUUACCACUUUGUCUGGGGCAAGAAGCCUGGAUGAUUAGUUUGGGGCGCGUUGGGUUGUUAAUAAAUGGGUUUUACUCAACUCUUUCGGCGACGUCGGGACGAUCGAAGCAUCACCAUCCAAUCGCUUGAAUGCAAUCGAAUCCACUGUUUGCCGUUUGAGCGAACUUUCAAACCGAUGUCAGUAUAACGAGACGAUCGAAGCCAUGAUCUUUUAUCCUCCGUUGUCACAGGGGAAGUUUGCGAGCCUCGAUUGCAUAUCCUCUGGAGAAUCGCGCCGCGAAGAACAUGGUAUCAGCAGAGACGGAAGAUACCCGGUGAAUGGACGGAUUCCGCGGCCUUUGCUAACCUCAGCAGUCGCCACUCAGAGUACUCCUUUUAGUCUCGGCCUUUGCAUCCGCAAAACAUAGGGACAAAAGCCUUGAGGCUCAUCUCGAUAACCACGAAGCACCCACGCUUCCGCCCUUUGAUAAGAUCCCGUAACAGUCCUAAUCGCCCAAAAAGAAAAUGAAGAUGCAGGGUAUUAUCUCCUUGUCCAUACCUAGAUAGGUACAUGUUCCCCGAUUUGGACGUCGGCACCAGCCAGCGACACUCGCCACAAGAUUCCUUUCUUGGCGGUCAUUACAAUGAAUAAAUAGACGCAACUUUUUCUUAUCUCGAGUGACUCAAAUGCAAAAACUUCAG